AUGUCGAAUAAUAGCAUUUCAACAUACAAAUUCAAACCAUUUGAGUUCACUGUAUUACAGAAAAAUCUUGAACCACAGCAACCACCGUUGGUGAGACCUGUGCACAGCUUGGUUUGCAAUAAUGCCUAUUUAUUCCUUUUUGGACAAUUCAUAAGUCGAACAAAUGAUGCUCCUGGUCAAAGAGUUAUGCAUCAGAUUUGGAAGUAUAGUUUGGAUUUAGUGGAAUGGAAAAUUGUCAAUUGCAAAAAUGUUCCUCAGGAAUUAAUAACUAGUUACAAUGUAUUUACAAUAUCUGGCAACAUAAUUAUUAUAUAUGGAGGUAUUGGAGUUCCAUCUGGAGGAAUUUGUAACAACCGCAUGUACUUGGCAAAUUUAGCCAAUGAAUAUAAAGAAAAUGGAAUGAGCUUUGUAGAUUUAGAAGAGUCUGGAGAUGUUCCGUACAAAUUAUGUGGACUAGGUGUUGUAAUGGAUGGUAAAUAUAUUUAUACAAUUGGUAACACAACCGGUCCCAAAAAUGAUAUGGAUGUUCAUCGAUUUGAUCUGAGUACAAAAAAAUGGGAUUUGUUACAUAAGUCAGUCGGAGAAGUUCAAGACCUUGAACCUAGAUAUCCACAUGAAGUGGUAUUCUACAAGAGCAAAAUAUACAUAUUCGCUGACAAAGGAGGUGGCGUUAGGAGGUUUUCGAAAAUCCAUAUGUUCGAUGUGGCCACCAAACAGUGGCAAUUACUUUCAGCCAAACACGACCACAGGGUGCCAGAACCUGGUUAUCCGAUUGAGAGAUGGUAUCAUACCUGUGUCCAGUGUCCUGAUAAAGCUAACUUGGUAUAUAUAUGUGGUGGUGUAGAUGGUAAUCAAUCCUUCAACGACUUUUGGCGUAUUGAUUUUGACACCUUGCAAUGGGAAAAACUGUGUAUAACGCAUCGGACAGUACACUUACACUCAACUGAAAUAACGCCUUCUGGUCGUAUGUAUUGUUAUGGUGGCGUAAUUCCUUUUGAUGAUAUAAAUUAUAGAGGCAUAUUUACAAACACUUUAACUAGUGGAUGGAUUAAGAUACCCAAAUUGAAAGACAUAUGUUGGGAAGCAAUGAUUUACUAUUUCAAAGAACAGAUGUUUAAGUCUACUGAUGAGUGUCUAAAGAAAAUUGGUAUACCUCAAGAAUACUAUGAACGGAUAAUUGAAGCGCGUAGAAUUCGUUAA